AUGUUUCCUUUUGUGGACAACUUGUUGAGAAAUGAUUUUCCUUUAUUUUUUUUCGACGAUAUUUUUAUUCCAGGACCAGGAAUUAGAGUUUAAGUUCCUCGUCCACCAUACACAAAUAGACAAUUCAGAGAUUAAGCUCCAAAAGUAAUUUGAUGGAGAAUUUAUUGAAGCCACCAAGUUUGAAGUUAAUGUAGAGUGUGAAAAAAUCAUUGAAAAAUUAUUCAGAAACACAAGGAUAAUACUGGGCUAUAUUGGGAGAUGAAGCAUAUGAAAAAGGUGAUUACUUUAGGGCAAUAACACAUUAUACAAAAGCAAUCGAAAUAUCAGAGGGAACAGAGGGUUCAUUUUUUAGAAGUAGAGGAUUAGCUUUGAAAUAAGCAGGAAGCUUGGAGCCAGUAUGAAAUUGAUAUUAUAUCACUUUAGGCUUAUCGAGAUGCUAUAACAGCAAUAGAAUUGGAUGAUAAAAAUAUAAAGGCUCAUCUGUUAUGUGGACAAAUAUUGGCUGAACGUGGAAAGAGUGCAGAUAAUACAUAAGAUAUUGAGAUGGCUAUAACAAGAUUAACAAAGUCUAGGACAUUGUGUGCAGGAUAAAAAAAGGAAUAUUAUGAGGAUGAGUUAAGUAAGUACAUUUAUAGAGCUAAAAAAUUGUUGUGGUACAAAAAUUAAGAAAUAAAUAAUAAAAAUAAAAGAGUAGCGAUAGAAAAUUAUAAACUUUUUUUGCAUUCAAGAUAGAAUUUAAAUGGAGAGGAACGUAAAAAAGAAUUAGAAGGAUUUAUAAAUUCAAUAGGAAAUCCUGAUUAGAAAUAAGUAUAUGAUAUUCCAAGUUAUUUGAUAUGUAAAAUAACAUUGGUAAUAAUAAAAUGAGAUUAUGAUGUAGGAAUUGAUGGAAAAUCCUGUAGUGAAUGACGCUGGUUAAACAUAUGAACGUGAUAUGUUAAUAGAGGCUAUAAAGAAGAAUGGUCCAAGUGAUCCUACAACAAGAUAACCUAUAAGCAAGAACUUUUAUCCUAAUUUGAAUGUGAAGUAGGCAACAUAAGACUUUUUAUUGAAAAAUCCAUGGGCUUUUGAAUUUCAGAAGGGUGAAGAGUAUCAAAGUAUUGAGUUCUGA